GGUUAAGUGAUGAUGUUGCUUGCUUGCUGCACUCAUUCACUGCUACUCACUCAUCACUCUUAACUACCAAACCAAACAAACCAAAACCAAAUCAAAUUCCAACAUAUCAACCAUGAACAACAACAGCAACAACAACAAAGACACUAGUACCAUAGGAAUCCUUGAUUCUCGAUUCAACCAAACCCUCAGAAAUGUUCAAGGGUUACUCAAGGGUCGUAGCAUUCCUGGUAAAAUAUUAUUGACCCAGAGGGUAGAUCCGAUAGAUAAUUCGGGCUUAUACUCGCCAACUUAUCAAAGGAGUUCCUCAUAUAGUGAUACUGGCACGAGCGAUCGCGCAACUGAGACAGUAGAGGAGGAAGUUCACAGUGGAAGCAAACCAUUUGGUAUUACCAACAAUAGUAAAUUAAAAACAUCAACCUCACAUGCAGAGAACCCAACUGAAGAAAUCCGGAAAUCUUCCAUAGGUGGUAGGACUACCGAUUCUGCAAGAGUUAUGAAGUUCACAAAGGUUCUUUCUGGAACCAUGGUUAUAUUAGAUAAAUUGCGUGAAUUAGCUUGGAGUGGUGUUCCAGAUUAUAUGCGUCCUACAGUGUGGAGACUUCUCUUGGGAUAUGCACCAACUAAUUCAGAUAGAAGGGAGGGAGUUUUGAGAAGGAAGCGGCUCGAGUAUCUUGAUUGUGUUUCUCAGUAUUAUGAUAUUCCUGAUACGGAACGCUCAGACGAUGAGAUCAGCAUGCUUCGCCAGAUUGCCGUUGAUUGUCCAAGAACUGUACCUGAUGUUGCAUUCUUCCAGCAACCACAAGUUCAGAAAUCACUGGAGCGUAUUCUUUAUGCAUGGGCCAUUCGGCAUCCAGCAAGUGGAUAUGUUCAGGGGAUAAAUGAUCUUGUCACGCCAUUUUUUGUUGUUUUCCUAUCAGAAUAUUUAGAAGGGAGCAUAAAUAACUGGACAAUGUCCGAUUUAUCUUCAGAUAAAAUCUCUAAUGUAGAGGCUGACUGCUAUUGGUGCUUGUCAAAAUUGCUUGAUGGUAUGCAAGACCAUUAUACAUUUGCUCAACCAGGAAUUCAAAGGCUUGUCUUUAAGUUGAAGGAAUUGGUCAGGAGGAUUGAUGAUCCUGUUUCAAGCCAUAUGGAGAAUCAGGGACUGGAAUUUCUUCAAUUUGCUUUCCGCUGGUUCAACUGUCUUCUAAUCCGCGAGAUACCCUUCCAUCUUGUCACACGCCUUUGGGACACAUAUCUAGCCGAAGGAGAUGCCUUACCAGACUUCCUUGUGUAUAUAUUUGCUAGUUUUCUUCUUACGUGGUCAGACGAAGUUCAGAAGCUUGAUUUUCAAGAGUUAGUAAUGUUCCUUCAACACCUUCCAACUCAGAACUGGACUGAUCAGGAACUCGAGAUGGUACUCUCUCGUGCAUUUAUGUGGCACAGCAUGUUUAACAACUCUCCUAGCCAUUUAGCUGCCUAAAUGCCUCUGCUGAAUUUAUGUAUUUAGUUUUUCUAUUUGCAGCUUUUUCCUCAUUCCAUCCUACUUUUUUACCCUUUAGUAUGUGGUGCUUGUUUCAUAUAGAUGAACUAAUUUUUUUUUUAACAUUCUUACUUUUAUUUUGCAAUGUAAUAUCUUGUAAAGGAGAGGUAAAAAUAAACUGGAGAUAGAAGCUAAUUUUGUUGUAUUAAAUCUUCAGACCUAGCAAUGUCAACAACCAAUGGGAGUUAAUUUUCAGUUAUAUUGAUGA